CCGGCCAACGCGAUGCAGCAGCCCGUCUCCUGAACCUGCGCGUCUGGACUUCUCACGUGUGGUUGAUCAAGAAGAGACAGACGGGCCUAAACUUCAUAUGAGCCUCUCUUGAGGACGUCUUUUCCUCCCUUGAAUGCUCGUUUGAUUCGCCCUUCGAGAGCAGCACAUCCGGCGAUAGCUUCUUGUUGACCCACCCAAUCCUCCCUCUCCAUUGAUGCAUAGCACGCACUGCAUCGAUAGAGUCUAGUGAGCAGACAGACGUCUUCUCUCGCCAUGCCCUGGGCCGUAACUUGAAAUUACGGUCAUGGAGUCUGAAUCUGCUGUUGACACUCAAUCAACCCCCUCGACUCGGCCUGCCUCGCCUGCGACUGUCCUGACGCCGACGCCGACACCUACGUCUUUAACGCCGGAUCAAGCUCCAAAGCGAGCGACGAACGAGGCGGUAGCCACUGUGAGCCGCGUACACUCACUGCCUUCCAAAUUAGUCGGAAGUCCCAAUGCCUUCCUAACUGCUGGCGGAGGUGCCGCAGCACCUGAUGCUGUCGAAACCCUAUUCGUGCACCCAGAGGCAAAGGUUGUCUCCUUCAACAUAUUGGGCUCCUCCGUCACACGGACUGGAACUAAUGCCGACGGAGGGAGGCUAGCCGAUAGAAAGGAUCCAGGCACGCUCGCAUGGGUGUCGCCAUCCGAGAGAACGCUAGCCGCAGGACAGUUGAGGAUAUACCGCGUACCAAGCUCCGGUGUGUCUUUCCUUAGCUCUGGUCCUUUGCUUCAUCCUAUCUUGAAGAGAUCGCAAUGCUGGCUUGUGGACGAGCAGUCAAAAUUCGUACUUCGUGUUCGAGAAGGGCAGUUCUACCGCAUCGAGCUUCCCUUCGCCUCAGAGAUGGACAAGGUCUUUAUAGAGGAAUUCAAGAGAGUUUUAAGCACCGUGCUUCAGUAUGAGAAGACCCCCUCUCCCUUCCGACGAGGCUACGUUCCAGAGCCAUCCGAGCCUCCAAAAACGCCCAGCAGAAAGUCAAGCAAGCCACGCGAAAAGGCAAAAAAAUGGCGACUGAACAAAGUGUGGGAACCUGAAGAUCCGGAACAUAGGGCGCAGUGGUCACCUAGAAAUAAGGAAGAUGAUGGGAACACUUCAUGGCAACGACAUUCGCAACCACGAGCAACAACGCGAUCCGAUGAGAGCACAAGCAGCAGCCAGGAGACGACAGAAGAUGAAGGUAGUGUGACAGACGAGAGCGUCGUUGACGAUAUCACUGAAAAGCGAGCUAUCGGCAAGGUUUCAUCAGCAGUAGCAAAGCUCAAUGCCUCACCAGACACUUAUUGUCCAUCCGCAUUGCCUUUGUCGCUAUCUGUAGAUGGCGUAUCCUCCGUCAAGGCCCCUGCUGGGUUUCCCCCUGACACUGGAACUGUAGUGUCCAUGAGAUCCAUGCUGCGGUCAACAAGCCAAACAUCUGAUAACGGAAGCAUAGCAAGCAGCCACGACUCGUUCUACAGCGCAGAUGAGCCAACCACCGCCUCCGCGUCUGGAGAGGCCAAUGACGAAUCUAAUAAUCUGAUGGAUACUGGCCAUAUGUCUGUAGUUAAGGCCAGCCGUAACAAUCACUCGAGGCAGAUCUCCGAGAUUACAGUAACACCAGGAACACCGGCACAGUUAACGCCGGCCGCAGUGCUAAAUGAAGACACACGAGAGAAUUCUAAUCCAUCCACACCUACGCUAAUCAGUGACUCUGAUGAGGAUCACGAGCUCCCAUUUACUGAUGCUGUCACACCUCCAGACACUAUCCGCCUAGUGAGAAUACCUGAUCAAAGUUCGGACUCCGCAAGUAAUGAACAAGCACUUCGAACUAAUCGACAACUGUUUACCUCACAAGCUCCCAGCCGCAGACGUGCAAUCUCUGUUGCACUGGUCCAAAAGGUAUACUCUCUUCUUGUGGGCCCUCCGUCGCAUCUUGUCUCGCUGAUGCUUGACAUUGCUGCCCGCAUAAUGCGCAAUAUGCAGGGUGCCCGAGAUCUAAAGCGCCGUAUACCGGGUGCCUGGAACAGCAGUCACACUGAAGAGGAAGACGAGUGGGAUGAAGACGAUUUCGGAAUUCCGCUCGACAAUCUAAGACGAGAAUCUAACACUGGCGACCCAUUACCAGGAUUGAGACGGACACUGUCACGGCCGAAUUCUGAAGCGAGCAGCGAUUAUGAUGCACUCAUCGAAGGGCCGAUGGAGGCUAGCGGAAAACUGGGAAUGCGCACACCUGACUGAUCAUUCAAAACGAGGAUAGAAACAAAUAAAUAUGACGAUAAAUGAGCGUAACGGCGGUUGAUGUAACAUUAUGUAAGGCCUUUGCUUCUGGAUGUACAAUUGGAUAGCUUUUUGGAAGGGCAUUUUGAAGCGCAGUGCCAUGAUUGCGCACUGAGAUGCCGAUUCAACGAAUUAAUAAACGUCUUGAAUAUUUCCACGAUGAG